AAUUGCAAAGGUCUAUAUUUUCGCGAGCCUUGGAGAGCGAACAUGAGACUUAUUCCACCCUACUUACCCUGUCCCGGCUGACCCCUUCGUGAGACACGGCCCUCCAUCAAUCCGCUGCUUCUUAUUGGGCAAGCGACUCUCACUGACUAGCGUUCACGAUCGACUAGAUUUGAAUUUCAGGAGUAGAAAAGACAAACACUGGACACACAUAACGUGAGUGUUGUAGUGCGUUGAUGCCCGAGUUGUAUUUCACCUUCUAGUCUUCCUAUUAGGAACUAUAUUUGACGACCAAUAUGUCAUCCAUUUCCGCCGUGGCACGGAUUGCAUACCUCGCCUCUGACGUUCUAGUCAACUCACAACCACCUCGCCCCUCGUCUUCCACAUUUACGACCACUUUUGAAGCUGUAUCAUGGCAUAAUGUACAUAAGCCCACACUGAUCUCUCUUCCGUCCGGCGCCGACGCAGGAUCUGUUCUGCUCCGACACCGAAAUGCUUCCCUCAUCUCCUACACAACCGCUGCUCACUCACAAGUGUUAAAUCGACUUCUCCCUCACCUAUCCGAGCUAUCGGCCCUACCAUUAGUUCUGCACAUCGCAGUGGAAGAUGACCUUUCCGAUGCAUUCACACUACGAUCGACACUUCCGUUCGUUCUCUAUUCACGGACGGCUGAACAGGCUCACGACCAUGCAUUAUUGGCCUCUCGCUUAGCUCGGGACGAGAAGAAAGCUGUCUUGCACUUGUUCAAUGCCGCUUCAGAAGAUGCACUGCGAGAAGUAGAUGCAGAUAAGGUCCAGCCUUUUCUUCUAACCGAUAGGAAGUCUAGGUCUCAAAACGGGUACACAAACGGUGCGAAUGGAGUCAACAAGACCGAUGGCGCGAUUGGAGUCAACGGGGACUCGGCUGAGACUGAGUCCUCCACUCAGUCCGCUCUAUAUAAGGCUUAUGAAACUGCGGCUCUCACCACCGUAGCCUUCCUUCGUCGCCCGAUUCGUACAUACACACGGUAUGGUCCAUUCGACACCCCGACCGUUAUAUUGACCGUCGGCUCUGCGCAUUUCGACUUCGAAGUUGAAGGCGUUUCUUUCAUCGAGCUCUCUCUUCUGAACCCUAUCGUUCCUCAACAAAUCCUCAACGCCAUUCCCCCAUCUGCGACCCGUGUUAUUGUACUUGAACAACUUUCACGGUGGCAAACAAAGUGGACACCCAUUUACCUGGACGUUCUGAGUAUCGUUCAGAACAGCGAAGGCGAUGUUCGGCCUAUCGUGCAAAGUGGCGUCUAUGGUGACGUCAAUUCAGUGCAAGUGGUCGACAUCUUGAAAUUGCUCCAACAGGCCGCUUCAUCAUCACUUUCAACCCGAUUACACCUUGGGUACGAUGCUGAUGCUUCAGGCGUCAUCUCCUCGCCUGCACACGUCCCGAAGCAUGAAUUCGCGUAUCUGAAACUGCUCAACCAACUGUUCGGCGAACAUCUCGAGAUAGCCAACUCACCUGACCUCGUUCAGACCCAAGGUGAACUGGCAACGUCCCCCGAGUUUGCUCUAGGUCGAAUUCGCGGUGAACUAGACGCUCGUGCGCAACUCCUGUCCGCAGUUCAAGACUUGCUCCGAGACGAGAAAGUUUCGCCAGAACUUCACACUCUUCUCACACAGUGGGUUCAUGACAAGGAUGACGCUGCCAAGAGUCAACAACUCAGCGACCAAAUCGUGCAGUUGCUCGAAGGAGGUGAAAGCGCACGUCCCGCUGGUCAGCGAGUUUACCAACUUCGUUCUCACCUUCCCGCACGUUCACGAUGGAUCAUCGGGUCCGACGCAUGGUCUUACGACUUGGGAGCAUCAGGUCUACACCACGCUAUCGCAUCCAAACUGAACGUGAACAUUCUCAUCCUUGAUACAACUCCUUACACUGCUCGCAACGCCUCAGAUCCCAACCGUCGCAAACAAGAUGUUGGCCUGUAUGCUAUGAAUCACGGUGAUGUCUACGUCGCCAGCGUUGCAGUAUACUCUUCGUAUUCGCAAGUUCUGCAAGCCUUAGCGGAAGCAGACAAAUUCAACGGUCCUAGUGUAGUCGUGGCCUAUCUUCCGUACAAAUCUGAGGACGCACCUGCUUUGGACGUAUUGAAAGAGACCAAAAUGGCUGUCGAUGCUGGAUACUGGCCACUUUACCGGUGGAACCCGAGUAAAGAGCAGGAGGGAAAGGAGCCGUUCAUUCUGGAUUCCGACGCAAUCAAGAACGACCUUCAACGGUUCCUUGACCGUCAAAGCCACUUGUCACAACUCGUUCGCUCGCAACCUCAACUGGCAACAGAGUUGGUCAGUAACUUGGGUGACACGCUCAAGCAGGCGAGGAAGCAGAAGGCUCAACAGUCUUACGCUGAACUUCUUACCGCCAUCGACGCGCCACCUUUACUGGUUUUGUAUGCAUCUGAUGGAGGCAAGGCGGAGAAGGUUGCGAAGCGUCUGGCGACCAGAGGCAAACUUAGAGGUCUGUCAACCAACGUCUCGUCCAUGGAUUCCAUAUCGUUGGACGACCUCCAGAAGGAAGAAUUUGUUGCUUUCGUCACAUCAGUCGCUGGCCAAGGAGAGUUCCCGCAAAACGGACGAACAUUGUGGAAGGCUUUGAGUGCCGCAGCAGCUCGCGGUGAACGCCCUCUCAACUACGUUCGAUUCUCCGUCUUUGGGAUGGGUGAUAGCCACUACUGGCCUCGCCCGGAGGAUGCGCACUACUACAACAAGGCGGGGAAGGAUCUCAACGCCCGUCUGGAAAAAUUGGGCGCACAGCGUGUGGUUGAGUUGGGCCUCGGCGACGACCAAGAUGCUGAUGGUCCGGAGACGGGUUACAAGCUUUGGGAACCUCAGCUCUGGAAGGUUCUCGGAGUAGACGCUGUAGAGUUACACGAAGCUGAACCCGAGCCGAUCACGAACGAACACAUCAAGGUUGCUUCACAAUACCUCCGGGGUACAAUUGUUGAAGGACUUGAGGAUCAAUCAACUGGCGCAUUGGCUCCUAGCGACACCCAAUUGACCAAGUUCCACGGUAUUUACCAGCAGGAUGAUCGUGAUAUUCGGGAUGAACGGCAGGCGCAGGGUGUUGAGCCUGCCUUUUCGUUCAUGAUACGUGUGCGUAUGCCUGGCGGGGUGUGCUCGCCGAAGCAGUGGCUGCAGAUGGAUCAGAUCGCGGACGAGCAUGGUUGUGGGACGUUCAAGAUCACUACGCGACAGACGUUCCAGUUUCAUGGUGUCAUCAAGCGUCAUCUCAAGACUGCUAUUCAGGAUAUCAACAGGGCAUUGUUGGAUACAUUGGCUGCAUGUGGUGACGUGAACCGCAAUGUUACUGUGUCAGCGAUCCCUUCGCUUUCGAAACUGCACGCGCAGGUGUACAAGUUUGCCGGCGACGUCAGUACCCAUCUUCUGCCACGUACUACGGCAUACCACGAAAUUUGGCUAGACAAGAAGCUAGUCGCUGGUGAAGCGCUGAAGGACGUCGAACCCUUGUAUGGCGAGUUUUAUUUGCCCCGAAAAUUCAAAAUCGCUGUCGCGGUACCGCCACACAACGACGUAGAUCUCUUCGCGAAUGAUCUCGGUUUCAUCGCCAUUGUGGACGAGAAGGGUCAGCUUGCUGGAUUCAAUGUAACCGCAGGUGGUGGCAUGGGUGUGACCCAUGGUAACAAAAAGACGUACCCGCGAUUGGGUGACGUCCUCGGCUUCUGCACAGUUGAGCAGGGUAAAAUGAUAGCCGAGAAGAUUAUGUUGGUUCAAAGAGACAACGGCAACCGUGCCGACCGGAAGAAUGCCAGACUGAAGUACACCAUCGACCGGAUGGGUCUGGAGAACUUCAAAGCGGAAGUUGAGAAGCUUCUGGGAUACAAGUUGCAACCAGCACGACCAUUCACUUUCGACCGGAACGUGGACGACUUCGGCUGGACAACGGGUGAAGACGGUAAACAUCACUUCACCUGCUUCAUUGAGAACGGCCGUAUCCAGGAUGAGUCCGGGAAACAUUUUAAAACAUGUCUCCGAGAGAUUGCGAAGAUUCACAAGGGCUCGUUCCGAAUGACCACGAACCAACAUUUGGUCAUCACCGAUAUUCCCACGGAAAACCUUGAGGAGAUCAAGCAGCUGCUUGUUGAGUAUAAGUUGGACAAUCUUUCGCAAACUGGGCUUCGUUUGUCGUCUUCGGCAUGCGUUGCGUUCCCGACAUGCGGUCUCGCAAUGGCUGAAUCAGAACGUUACCUUCCAAUCCUCAUUGACAAGGUCGAGAAGAUAUGUGAGAAGAACGGGCUCCGUAACGACUCCAUCGUCAUGCGUAUGACUGGUUGUCCCAACGGCUGCGCCAGGCCCUACAUUGCUGAGGUUGCAUUCGUCGGUAAAGCCCUCGGAACGUAUUCCAUGCUUCUUGGUGGAGGCUACUACGGCCAAAGGCUGAAUAAAAUAUACAGAGACACUGUCUCGGAGCCGGAGAUUUUGGCUAUCCUGGAACCCAUGAUCAAGCAUUAUGCUCUCGAACGGUUAGACGGAGAACACUUCGGUGACUUCGUCAUCCGUGCUGGAUAUAUUGCACCAACGACUUCAGGUGCUGCAUGGUGGGAUCGGGCAGGAGGGGAAGGUAUUCAUCGGGAAGCUACAGCAUAACACCUUGACAUUGCUCAACGCAUCUGUAUCAUACUUCAUCUUACUUUGUUUCUAAUGCGCGCCUCAUCCGGAUUCCAAGUCAACGUCUUGUUGUGCCGCAAGUGUUCGCCGAAAUUGUUGAGAAGAAAUGUGUAAACCCAAAAGGUAAUAAUUACAAACGACU